GCCACUUUGAUUUUCUUCAGUUUAACUGUUUGAUAUUUUGGCCAGAUAAACAGUAUGCAUUGGGAAAACUCACAGCCAUCUGCCCAGGGAAGGUCCCGGCCGUACCAGGGAGUUCGUGUCCGAGAUCCAGUUAAGGAGCUGCUGAGGAGAAAGAGGAGCCUGGAGCAUCACAGCACCAAGACGACGCAUUUCACAGCUGAUGUGGUGGGUUUCAGCAAUCAGUCAUCGUUUACACAAGGUAGUUUUUGUUCAGAUGUUACCAGUGCUUCCCCUGCUGAGCAGUCUCCUGGGGCAGCAGACCGAGGGCUACAGGGUUCCGGGUGGAAACCUGCUCCCCCCAUCACCACCGCUGGACUGCAGCCUGCUGCGAUGCCGUGGUCUUCAUCUGACUACAACCCACAGGACUCCACAGCUCAGACUCUGGCCUACCCAGCUGCCUCUGCCCUCACUGCUGAUGUAUACAUGCAGACUCUGUGUCCCAGCUACACCAUGCUGACCUAUACACACACACCGCUGCUAACUAACUUUGGCACCAUCCCAGUGGCUCCAAGUCAAAGCUCCCUCACCCCGAUGGAGCUCCCAGACUCCGGGCUGGCCUACCCCUUGUGGGCACAGCCUCUUACCACCAUAUCUGCUGUGCCCAGUCCAGGUCUUCAGUUUGCCUCAGGUUCUGCAGCUCUGCCUGGACCCCCUUUGGUUCAUAUGCCUUUACCCAUGUCUUUGACCGCCAUGAUUCCUCAACCAGAUUCCGAGUCGGUGAACCCUCACCCUCAGGUUCUGGACACCCAACAGCACUCGGAGAAGGAGCUGGACCAAGAACCACAAGAUCAUUCUCUGGCAGAAAAUCCUGACGAAGAGCCAGUAUCCCCUAAUCUACUGGAUGAACUUCUGGAAGAUCAGAAAGAGCAUGAUGAUGAACAAGACAAGAAUUCAUAUUCCAGCUCCAUGUUCUUAUCUAAUGUCUGAAGUCACAACUGUUCAUUCCAUUGAAACAGAUUUUUUUCCUUUUACUUUUCUGUCAUGAGAUUGCAGAAAAUUUUGGCAUACUCAUUAACUCAAUUCUUACCUUAGUUCAUGGACAAUCUACCUUCCAAUCAGACAGAGCUGGAAAUGUUUAGCAAAUAAGUAUGGGUGAAAAUUGCAGCCACUAAAUGCACAGAACUGAUAAUUGAUUUCACAAAUUUUCACAAUUCAUUUCUUUGUGAAAUUAAAUUCUGACAUUGCAGUAAAAUUUGAUUCUACUUAUUAUUGGUACUGGGGAAUGAACAGAGAUGCAUGACAAAUCCCAUACUUCAGAAAUUUGCAGAAAUCUGUCCCCCCAAAAAAUCCCAAAUUCAUCUGUAUUUGUGUGAAAAUGUGAAAAAAUGUCAACGAUUAAGGCAAAGCAUUUCCCUAUGCAAACUUGGGUGUAGAUUCACACAAUUUGUUCUUUCCGAGUAGAUCUUUCCUGUCUUUCACCUAUGUUGUAGGCCUAGAGCACUCUUCACAUUCUCUCUGGAAAAUAAA